CUUCCUUCUUCCUUCGUGCCCUUUUACUAUUUACACUUUCGAAGAAACCAGAGCAGGAAAAAAGGGCUGGAAAUUCGAGGUUGGUCUGUCUGUUGAAAUCCAGGCCAAAAAUUUCAUCUGUAUUCCCCCAAUUUCUUAAGUGAAUUUUUCAGUGUGUGUAGUAGAUGGGCAGAUAUAUAUAAUAUAUAAUAAUAUUAUUAUAAUAUAUAUGUAUACAUCCACAACCUCUGUAAUAUCUGUGGUGGCACUACCAUAAAAGUCAACAAGCUCGAGUAUUUAUCUUCCAGAGGGUUCCCUGGUUAGGGUUUUUGUUUGUUCUUCCUCCCAAUUUCCACCUCCUGAUUGAUUCUUCAUCUGCACCCUCUCCUUCUUUCUUCCCUUUAUCUCUUCUGGGUAUUGCUUUUCCACAGCGAAUAGACGAGAAAGUUGUAGCUUUUCUGGGGUUUGUUAGUUCUGCCCUUUGGCGUGCGUGUGUUAGCUGAGUGGAGCUGCUGCUGAAGGUCGGAGCUUCUCGGUUUGAGGGGCUGGUGAUUUGUUGGGGAGGCUGAGGAAGGAGCUUUUGGGGAGGUGUUUUUUGUGCUUCUGAGUUUGUCUGAGUUAAUUGCGGGGGGUGUUGAAGAUGAAGUUGAUUUAUGGGUAGUAGAACAGUGAAAGCUGGAGCUGAAGAUGGUAACCGAGCUGUGAACGGGAUGCCGAGCUUUGUUCCUCCCGUACCCGCGUCGAAUUCCAUUGGCACCGAGGGAAAUAGUAUCCGUCCUUCUCGAAAUACUGACUUUGGGUUGCUGGAGCAGUCUCUUGGAUUUCGCAUAGACGAUGCCAUGGACCUCAGCAGGCAUCCUAUGUUUAGUCAGAUAAAACCGACUAACCAGACUCUUGGCACUGAUGUUCGAGUUGGCACGUCAAACAAGUCUCUUGUGACUUCAGAUGGGAAUAUCCCUGGUUCUGUCGGGUCUCAGAGGCUACCGCUUCAAAAAGAAUCACAGCCCCCUGUUGUCUCUGUUCCUGGAGGUCAUACUGAAAACUGGGGAGAAACAAACAUGGCUGAUGCGAGUCCAAGGACAGAUACCUCAACGGAUGAUACAGAAGACAAAAAUCAGAGGUAUGAAAGGGGUCAAUUAACCGCUCUUGGAGCUUCGGACUCUAGUGACAGGUCAAAGGAGAAGGUCUUGGAUCAGAAGACAUUACGGCGGCUGGCUCAAAACCGUGAAGCUGCUAGGAAAAGCAGGUUAAGAAAAAAGGCGUACGUGCAACAACUAGAAAGUAGCAGGCUUAAACUUACACAACUUGAACAAGAGCUCCAGAGAGCACGCCAGCAGGGGAUAUUUAUUUCAAGCUCGGGAGACCAAUCCCAUUCAAAUAGUGGAAAUGGUGCCCUGGCUUUUGAUGCCGAGUAUGCAAGGUGGCUAGAAGAGCAGAACAAGCAUAUGAGUGAACUGAGGAAUGCUGUGAAUUCACAUGUGGGAGAUACGGAACUUCGGACUAUCGUCGAUAAUGCCAUGUCACAUUUCGAAGACAUAUUCAGGCUUAAAGGAAAUGCUGCAAAAGCUGAUGUUUUCCACAUCCUGUCUGGGAUGUGGAAGACUCCAGCUGAGCGGUGUUUCAUGUGGAUUGGUGGGUUUCGAUCAUCUGAGCUCCUCAAGCUUCUGGUGAAUCAGUUAGAGCCUCUAUCUGAGCAACAGGUAGUGGGUAUCUGCCAGUUGCAGCAGUCAUCACAACAAGCAGAGGAUGCUCUGUCGCAGGGCAUGGAGGCGUUGCAGCAAUCUCUAGCCGAGACAUUGGCUAAUGGUUCGCCCUCCUCAUCGGGGUCAUCCGGGAACGUGGCCAACUAUAUGGGUCAAAUGGCCAUGGCGAUGGGCAAGCUUGGAACCCUCGAGGGAUUCCUUCGGCAGGCUGAUAAUCUACGGCAGCAGACACUGCAGCAAAUGCACCGAAUCCUGACAACUCGCCAAUCAGCUCGUGCCAUCCUUGCAAUCCACGACUAUUUCGGUAGGCUUCGAGCUCUCAGUUCUCUUUGGCUUGCUCGGCCCCAGGAGUGACAGGCAGUUCUCCGACCGGCUACUGAUGUUGACCAGAGUGGGGGCUUGCCAAGCACAUACUUGACGUCACCAUGUUAUUCUGAAGGAAGGCCAUGAUGAAACUACAACUGCUUCAUACCCUCACGAGCUUUCGGGGUUUUCCCACAUCCACUCCUACUGAAUGUUCCUGUAAAAUAUUCAAUCCGACUGUAGUUUGUAGCACCUGCGAUGACAUUCAAGCUAGUAAUUGCUGUAUAUCUCUCUGAUGUUGUCUAUUGAGGGGCAUUUUACUUUUUAUAAGUUGUAAUGGUUUUGUGUUUUUAGAUUUAUGGAGAGAAAUAUAGAAUGUCAAAGUGUACACUAAAAGGUUGAAAUUAAAGAUGUGCUACUAUAGUGUUGCUAUUGCUACACA